AUGAACGCCAUAAAUCGACACGAGCUGUUUGUUCUCGACGAAGGAGAAAAUCCAGUAGAGGUUACAGAAGACACCAAGAUCCCAAAUGCUGCGACAAUAAGAAUUGCCAAGCAGGAUCAUACACUAGGGAACAUGGUUCGCGCACAAUUGCUCUCCAUGCCAUCGGUUCUCUUUGCCGGAUACAAAGUUCCCCAUCCUCUCCAACCAUAUUUUAUAAUCAAGGUCCAAACGGAUGGGACAAUCACACCACAAUUUGCCCUCGAAACUGCUUGUAAUGACCUCAUAAAAAUGGUGGGUGACUUGGAAGUGAAAUUCAAACGGGAGUUUGCUUUCAAGGAUGCGGACGGUGCUACUGGGUCGAACGCUGCAGGGGGACCCACGGCAGGGGGCGACGACCCCUACGGCGGUGGAGGAGGUUGGUCGGAAGGCAAGGAUUAUCUUGACUUCUGA